AUGGCCCGGUUUUACACCAAUGCCCUGUUUGCUCCAAUCACUACAAGAUCACACCUGACGGGAAACUUUGCCGUCAUGGUGGAAGGGUUAAAGGCCAGGAAUGCUCAGAUUCGAGGAAAAAGGUGGAUGCACCACAGGAUGACGGCUGUUUUGAAACGCGUACCACUGCAUGAUCACAUUCCAAAACCGUGUAGAGAAAAAUGUAGCAAAGCACUGCACGAGUUACUGACGGCCGUUUGUUGUGACUCCGGUGAUCCCGCUCACUGGUGCAGACUUUUUUUCUUUUUCCAUACGUCCUUCAAAAACCUGCCAGAGGGGGACGCCGGGUCAACCAAGGCAACCAGAUUAACAAGCGCCUGUCCGAAUACUCCACGAUUGAGAUUACGUCCCUGCUCUCGGGUUUUGAAAACCACAUCAACGCAAAUCCACGCGGCCACAAUCCUGACCGGUGCUCAAGGCCAUAAAGUCUUUUGGAAAUGGCUCAUCCGGGGUCUCGACGGAUUGCGUCCUCAGCAUCUCAAAGACCUACUUUCCGGCCCUCUGCCAAUUGACGACCUAUUAAAUUCCCUAACGAAUUUUAUAAAUUUGGUUCUGUCGGGCGCCUGUCCACCCACGGAACCAUCUGGCAUUUCAGUGCAAGAUGGCAAGCGACCAGAUGGUUGUACUCUUACUCCCUGGAGAGCUGGUAAAUGUUUGGCUUGGGACGUUACGGUUCCUGGUACCUUGGCCGAGCGCUACGUUCACCUUACCAGCAAAGAAUGUGGUUUGGCUGCAAUCAGGGCAUCGGACGAAAAAAUCAAAAAAUAUGAACACGCCCUGUCUUCCUUAGAUUUUUUGCCAAUAUGUAUCGAGGUCCUUGGACCCAUGGACCCCAAUACUUCAAAAUUUAUUAAAACAUUGUGUAAAAUGAUUGGUGUUCGGUCAGGUGACAACAGAGAGUUCUUUUUUGCAAUAAACCACAUCUCGUGUUUGUUGCAGCGAUUUCUGCGUGUUUGUGUGUCGGAAAAUAUUAAUUUAAACGCCAACGUGUGA